GAUUUGGGACCAGCCUCUCAAGUACCUACGAACCUGUACGUCUGUUCUCAAUCUUUGGUUAUUAAGAGAUUUCUAUAGACAUUAAGGGUCGUUGACUUUAAGACCCGCCCUCAAAAUGUAAGGGCACAACUCGGCCCGUUCUCUUGAUUCGCCACUCCGUUAAAAUGCAACUGUUUUGGCUGGCCAGAAACGUAGGAACCCAAGCAACCCACCAAACCUGCCGAGGCCGAUGCAUAGAAAACGUAAAUACUGAUUUCUACUAAUACGUCAUACUUUUUAAUUUUAUUGUUUCCAUACAAAAUAUGCGACGUAAUAUGUGGGAGGACAAGUUGUUGGCUGCUUCUGUCUUUCAUGUACAACCGCGGGACCACCUCAAGGCAAUCUCGGCAUAUAUUAGUAGUGCAAUGAUGAUGAUUUCUCAGUAUUACUUAACUGUUGUGUUGUAACUUGUGCAGCAGCCGCCGCCGCCGCCACCACUAACGCCGACGUGGUUAAGCAUUAGGGUUGACUAUAGGAUGUGGUGAAGGGUGACUGGUGGUGUUGCAGGAAGCGUGGAGGGGGCGGCGUGGGAUGACGCGUCCAGUGUCACACUCUUGGUGCAAUAGUCUCUGUGUUGAGUCACAAGGCCCCGGACGUCCUGUCCUACUUCACCUACAUCAGCCGCCUCCUCCUAACUCGCCGCAACAUUUCUUCAUUUCCUCAGUAGCCGACCUCUCGCGGGGCUGAAAUGAGAACUUGAUGAACCCCUUCAAAGGAUACCUGAUCAACCAGGCUGUGAGUCACAAGUCGGAGUGAGAGCAGCGGAGUCUGGUCAACCGUGCCGCAGGAACAUUAGUGGGGAACCAGCAUGAGGUGGACACACAGUACACGGGAGCAUUGGAUAACCAUAUUCAUUUGAUUAUUUUCCCAGUGGAUGAGGUCAGUGGGUACACGCACACCUUCAAGAGAGUACGUGCUCCUCUGGUUUCCGUGCAGGUGGCGCUGGUGACUGAGAGGCCUCCGCUGUCAUAUGUGACCUUCCCACACACACGCUCCACGGAAAUGUAAUUGCAAAGCCAGAGGUGACUGGAGCACCAGCGGAGGAUGGGGGAGAAGUAACAAUAUUAUAUUAUAAAGUAGGAUGGACUCGAGUACGUGUCUGGAGCUGGCCCUGGAGGGUGAGCGGCUCUGCAAGGCUGGCGACUGCCGGGCCGGCGUGGCCUUCUUCGAGGCGGCCAUACAGACAGGCACGGACGACCUGCGCACCCUCUCGGCCAUCUACUCCCAGCUUGGCAACGCUUACUUCUACCUGGGGGAGUACGACAAGGCCAUGGAGUACCACAAGCUGGACCUCACCGUCGCUAGGACGAUGGGUGAUCGCCUGGGUGUGGCCAAGGCAUCUGGCAACCUUGGCAACACAUUGAAAGUGAUGGGCAAGUUCAAGGAGGCUAUAUGUUGCUGUGAGCGACACCUCUCCAUCUCCCAGGAGCUCGAAGACAAGGUCGGUGAAGGUCGAGCUCUUUAUAACUUGGGUAAUGUCUACCAUGCUCAAGGUAAACAUCUUGGACGUAUAGGACCUCAGGAACCUGGAGGAUUCAGCGAUGAAGUUAAACACUGUCUUCAGAAAGCCGUUGAGUAUUAUGCUGCUAACCUGCGUCUGAUGGAGGAACUUAAUGAUCGGUCGGCUCAGGGACGGGCUUGUGGAAAUCUUGGGAACACGCAUUACCUUCUGGGAAACUUCACUCAAGCUAUUAGCUACCACAAUGAGGUGAAACACACAUCAAAUGUACUCACAAAUGACUUAAGUGCUGUGGAUAUUAUGAAUGCUAAUCUUGAACCUAGAUUAGCUAUUGCAAAGGAGUUUGGUGAUAAGGCUGCAGAGAGAAGAGCACACAGUAACUUAGGAAAUGCUCAUAUAUUCCUUGGAGAAUUUGAAACAGCAGCCGAGCAUUAUAAAAAAACCUUACAGUUAGCCCAAGAGCUGGGUGACCGUGCAGUGGAGGCCCAGGCAUGUUACUCACUUGGCAACACUUAUACACUUCUGCGGGACUAUCCUAUGGCCAUCCACUAUCAUUUACGUCAUUUAGCUAUAGCAGAAGAAUUGACCGAUAAAGUUGGUGAAGGACGAGCUUGCUGGAGUUUGGGAAAUGCUUACUCAGCCACAAAUAAUAAUGAGAAGGCUCUUCAUUAUGCUACUAGACAUUUAGAAAUUUCUAAAGAGUUUGCCAUAAACCACCGGCAGAUUGGAGACAAGACUGGUCAGGCCGCAGCACAGAUGAACCUAACUGAUAUCCGGAAACUUCUGGGUCUUCCUCCAACUCCAGUUGAUUCAGAAUUAUCUGAAUCUGCCGAAGAUGUCAAGUCAAGAACUCGGAGGAAGUCCAUGGAAAAUAUGGAUCUUCUCAAGAUGACGCCCGAUGCUAAAGGCGUACUUCGGAAAUACCAGAGUGAAGACGCUGGUAUUGGCUCACUGUCCUCUGAUGACUCCCAUCCCGUAAAUGGCCCCUCCUUCAACACUAGUUCUCAUGCUGAUAAAAAUGCAUCAGUUAAUGAGGAAUCUAGCAUGGAUGACGAUAGUUUCUUUGAGCUUCUGUCCAGGUUCCAAAGCAAACGAAUGGAUGAUCAGAGGUGUACACUCUCUAUUGACAGUAACAAAGAAAAUCAGCCAGAACAACCUCAGCAGCAGGUGCCAACUCGCAGGGAAGGGGGAUCCCUCUCCUCCACUGGAUCCACAAACGGUACAACGACACCGUCUGACAGUGGUGCAAGAACGGAACUUCCAUCUCGGGUACCUGAAAUAAAGAAUGAUAAUUGUGGAGUCUUAGAGGAGCUGAUGGAGAGCAUUGCGGGGAUGCAGAGUCGAAGAAUGGAUGAACAGAGAGCAUCUUUACCUCAGUUGCCAGGACUAAACAAUCAGCAUGCCAUUCUUCAGCGAUUGUCUGUUGCUGCCAGUGAUUCAACACCUCUUCCAGAUGACAAUUUCUUUGACAUGCUCAUGAGAUGUCAGGGUUCUCGAAUUGAAGAUCAACGCAGUUCUCUUCCAAAUGAUGGUUCCCUCCCUCAAUCAGCUCCCACUGUGCCUGAUGAUGACUUCUUCUCCCUUAUCAUGCGAUUCCAGUCGGGUCGUUUGGAGGAUCAACGUUCCACUAUGCCUUUAGAAGCUUCUCGAAAUAGCACUCAUCCAACUACUGAUGAAGAGGAACCACCCAGUAGUGCCCAGUCUGCAGGAACAAAAGAUGGACUAGUUAGUAGACUGGUAAAAGGUAGAAAAUGAAGAAAUCUUUAGCUUGAAAUAAAGCAUAUUAAACUAUUUUUUUAUCAUUUUUAUGGGUUCAGAUUGAAUUAUAAGAAGGAACAUGCCUUUCUACAGUGUGUGUUCCAUUUAGAGUUCAUGGUAUUUCUAACUCAUGCAUUUUGUACUAGUUAGUUCAGGUAUUUUUGGAUUAUAGAUGAGCAUUUUAAUUGUAACAAAUGUUAUAUUUGUUUAAACCUAAUCAUUACUAAUAUCAUAUGUAAAAUGAAAUCUUAAACUUGAUAGCUUAUAUAUGCGAGUAUUUUGUUAAGCAGGGAACAAAACCAAAAUAUGGCUUAUGACUCGGUGGUAGUAGUAGCAGAAAAACAAGAGAGGGGGGAGGACAGUGUAACCCACAUGGAGCAUGGCGUAUAAAUCACAAAUGUUACAAUGAUUGUGCUCUAAAAAUCAAAUGGCUUUUACCAAAGGAGUACUAUUGAUUCUUUUGUAUCUAGGCUUAUAGAAUACCACAUUCAGUGUCAUUAAUUUAACCAUAAAAAAUAAAACAAUAAAAUAAUAAAACCAUGAAUCUAUUCCUCCUCCACCCCUAUCUCCUCUGUUUCUCUGUAGUACUACCUCCAAAAUGAUUCAAUUAAGCAAUAAUUAAUAUUUAUUCUACAAGGAAGAUUUCAAAAUUUUACAUAUUUUUACCAAUUAUCACUAACUGGGAUGUUAUGUAAUGUAUAGGGUUCAAAAUUCAUAAUGAUAGUUAAGAAUUGGUUUGAUUUCUUAACCCUCAGAGGUGCACAUGACAAUCCCGUAUAUUAUUUGAGCACCAAAUAUAAAUUCAGGGCUCUAAAGUCUGUGAACUUGUAGUUGUAUAUACAGUAUAUAAGAGUUGUAUUGCUCUAGCAGAAAAUAUAAUUAUUUCACUCUAAAAAUGGGAUUCAGUGUUACAUAUUUUAUAAACCAUUGUGAUUGCCAGGUAGGAUGAAAAUGUAACAUGAAUAAAUUUUCUUAGAGUUUGAAGAAACUAUAGGAAAGAAUUAUGUAUACUAAAUGUAUAUUGUGUAUAAACUGGCAGGUACUCUUGGUAUGAAUGUAUGCAAUAAUUGUAGGGCUUGAGCCAGGAUGCAAGACAAAAUACAUUGAAAGAUCUUUAAUUAUAUCAUGGCUUUGAACGUUUCCAAAGGUUUCUAGAUAUUGAUGGCUGUUAGACAAAAUUAAGGGGGCGUAAUCUCCACCAAAUGUGGUUUAUCAGUGAUGGCAUACUGAGAACUCUGUUUACCAGUAGCAUAUCAGUUGUGUUUCUGUGCUCUCGUGUUGUACAUGUAUGCAUGCCAUCCUAAAGUCCUGUGUGUAAUCAGUGAUUCUGUGAUCAGCAAUUCAUGUGAAUAUAUUGUUCUAUUGCCAACCUUGUGCGAAUUAGCACUUUGUGACCUGAUUAACUUUAUUCUUAUACAUCUAUCUACUCAUGAAUAGUCCCUUCCAAGCUUUUUACGCUAGAUAUAUCAGAUUAACACGAAAUGAACUCUCCUGACCGGGUCCAACUCUAGGUCAAUUUUGUUUGAAACUGUCAAAAAUUCCAGCUCUAAAGGAUAGUUUGCAUUACAUUAUUGUGAAAGCUUAAUAAUGUGAAUUAUAUUGUGAAACCCAAAGCAGAAAUCUGGAAUACAGUAUAAAACUAUAAAGGAUGUAAUCUGAUAUUAAAUCCUAUUACAUUAAAUUUUUCCUGUUUUGUUUGUCUUCAGUAAUGGGUGUAAUCUGCUCAUUUUAAAGAUGGUAUUGGUCAGGAAAAUGUAUUAAAAAAUUAUACCAAUAACUAUUUACUGAGAUUUCUUUGGUUAUACACCUUUUUAUCAAAUAGGCAUGUAGAUACAAAAUUCAGAUUUUAUCUUUUUUCUUUAUUUUUUUUAUAUAUAUAGUUAAGACAGUGGCUUGUACAUAUGACAUCUUUUAUGAAGUUCAGUUGCUACAAGUACUGUAUGACUGUUUGGUUUAGGCAGUAAGUUCAUGGUUGAAUAAUAAGGUUUAAGUAUUUUUUCAUAUAAAGAACUAUUGAAAUUAGUUACAUUGUAGCAUGACCAUUUUUUUUAUUAAUUAUUUACUCUCAAACUAAUUUGAUUAUUGCUUUAGGUCAUUUGAUGUUGUGUGUUAUCUGUUUGUGGAUUUAUGCAACAAGUUAAAACAAAAAUAUACAUUUAAAAAUUGAUAUAGGUGGUUACUUAUAUACAGUAUAUAUAUUUUUAUUUUCAGAAAAUUAAAAAAAUUAAUUAUAUAGUUUCGAAUGUAAUUUGAGAUAGCAAAGAAUACCAUGAAUUUUCUGUAAUUCAGACAUGUAUAAAAAUAUGAUUUAUAAGCUAACGACCAAACAUGCAUAAAAUACAAAACUUGAGACGUUAUUAGAUGGCACACAAUGAAUUAUCAGGCAACUCUCAUAUGGCAAGACUGUAUGUCCCAUUAUUUUAACAUCUCAUAGACUGAGAGAAUAUAAAUGAUAUGAAAUGUUCCAUUUUCUUUCAUAUAUAUAUAUAUAUAUAUAUAUAUAUAUAUAUAUAUAUAUAUAUAUAUAUAUAUAUAUAUAUAUAUAUAUAUAUAUUGCUUUAAUAAGGUUAAAAAAAAAUAGACAAAAAAAUAUAGGAUAGUAGUAGUUUUGGGAGAAGCCGUCGAGCCUGUUUGACCAUUCUUUUACUCUUUUUUUAUUUUAAGUUUGGGGUGUGUAUCUCAUUUCAGACCUAUUGCACUUGUGCUAAUCCGAGAAUUUAUAUCCAAGAAUUUCUACUUAAAUUUUGUUUAGCCUGAUUUAAAAUUUAACAGAAAAAAAGACAGAAGAGAGACCAUUCUGGGUGUCACAAGGCCAUUGAACCACCUUAAUCAUUGGACAGCAGUUAUAUAAAAAUGGCCAUACUCGCUUGUGUCCAAAAAAAUAAACAAAAAAUCCAGAAAUUAUUUUUCAUUAAAGAAUUAUUUGAUUUUUCUUAUAUUUUAUAUUCAAGUUAAUAAGUGAAUAUUUACCUUUUUACUGGGUGGAGGUCGUCUGAAAGGUUGCGCAGUGGCUAUGUGGUCUGGUUUCUGUCAACACGCAAUGAUAACUUUGCUGACACUGAGGUAUGUGAGCCAUGACUCCUGUGUUCUCCUUUAGCUGUUCCAUUGAUUAUUUUUAUUUUUUACGGGUGUGCGUUGAAUUUUUUAUAAAUCACAUAUGAUACUGUUUCAUUUGAUGAUUGAUUUACCUGGUAUACUUCAUUACAAUCAUAUAGAGUAUUAAAAACCAUAUAAAUAUAUAUACAUAGGUGUUGGGCUCUGGGUGAUGACAUAGGGCCUAAUUGGCACCAAAUAGGUAGCAGUAUAGAUGAAACGGUCUUAAGCCUCCAAUGCACCACCCACAGAUAACAGCAGGCUCCUUGUACACACAAUGCAUGAUAAUGGUUUAAUUGAUGAUUAAUUUACCUGGUAUACCCCAUUACAAUCAUAUGGAAUUGUGAAAACCAUUUGAACAUCAUUGGUAUACAUGUGUAAUCAUGAUGGAAUUUUAUACUAUGACCACAUUCAUCUAAAACAUUUGGCGUCACAUAGUAACUAACGUAACCAUGGAAUAAUAGGAUUUUCUUUCCAUGGUCACAUACUCCAUUACAUCCAGAUAGAGCUAUUAUAUCCUUUGCAUCAUACAUGUGAUGGUAAUUGUUUAAAUCAUAUGAUAACAUUACCCUGUGGAUCAACAUAUGAUAAUAACUGCUGUCUAAGGGUUAAGAAAUAUUUAGCAACUGGUUAUCGUGUCAAAUUUGAAGAGCAAUAUAGAUAUUAGUGUCCCAAUGUGCACAUAAGGAUUUUCUUGAGUGCAACACAAAAAUCUAUUUCAUUGUACUACACAUCAAACACUUUUAUAAGUGAUACCUUUGGACUUUUUUGUUUACUUUUAUUAUCGUUCUUUUUUUACUUACUCAAAGUUUACAAUCGAUUUAUCAAGGUAUAUGUGAGGUACAUUAAUACCUCAUUGCUUUAAUUAGAUGGUUAAAUCUUGUUCAAGUUAAAACCAUGGCUGAAUAUUUAAACUGAGCAAUGUAGUAGCUGUUGCAUUUGAGUCAUAAUAUUGUAAAAUGGUAAUGAUUUCUGAUUAUAUAACCGAGGUACAUUUCAUUAUCGAGUUGUGUUGCCCACUUGCAAAAAUUUUUUUGUUUAUAUAAAUUGGAAAGGGGCAAGUCCUGAUUAUUGCCAAGAACCCAACCAUACCAGCUUCUCUCCAACACGCCCAACGAUUUCCACCCAUCCACUCUAACUCUUAAUCACCAUACCAUUCCCAUACUUCUAAGAACUUCAUUACUCUUAACACCCCUAUCAUCCAUUCUCUACCCUUCUUUGCUAAUUGACCUUCCAUCUUCCUUCAAUAUUCUCCACUCAUUGACCAUCACUCAUACCCACACCGUGCCCAAACACCCACUUAUCGUAUACCCAACCACUGCACUAUCCACUUCCAAAUACCACCAUCUGCUAACCCACUCAUAACCUUAUAACAUUCCCACUCAAUCUUAAACUACUGGACACUCAAUUACGAACUAUAAACCAACUUCACAUUCACACUUUGCCCCCAUCACGAUCACAUCCACCCUCGCCCAAUAAUCCGCCUGCCCACCAUACUCUUCAACUGCCAACUCAUUCCAACAACCUAUCUAAAGAGGGCUAAUAGGGAAUGUUAUCUAUACAGGAGGCUACCAGAUAAUUAGGAAAGAGAGAGACAAGAAAUAGAAGAUUGGUAUUGUUGCUACGUUAAUAUUGUAAAUUGAUUAUAACCGUCCCUUUUGACCAGAACUAUUUUUAUGGAUGCAUUUAAUGGUCUUCCCUCCCCAUUUCCAAUUUGGGUUCAUUUGAUGCUUUGUGUUUUUGCUCUCACCACUUACUAUUGUGGUAACUAUUUCUUCCUUCAAUAGCAUCUGUUCCAGCUUGUGAUAAUGUUUCAUCUUGGGCAACUAGGCAAGAGUUUUCUUCUCUACUGCAAAAACUUGUUACCACUUUUACUAGGAAACAUGUCCUCCAGCUGCUGCUGUCUAUAGAAGGAAACUGAACAAAUCCACAAGGGUCGUGAUGAAGGUUUGAAACUACGUCCAAGAGGGUCUUAGACGCGCCUUAAUGGGCUGUGCCAUGACACGGUCAAAGAAUUGCAACUGGGAGUUCAUCUGUUCAUUUGAUGCAUCACGUUAUUGCGAUUUCUGUGUGUAGAAGGGAUCUAUCAUAUAAAGGUCAUGCAGAACCUUGAGGGUUGAAUUUGACACCCUCUUCUCUUGGUUGUCAAAAUAUGAAUGCUUCUUUGUAUACUCAUCCCUGGUGCUGGCUAAACUAGUCUAUGGAUAUCCUGCAUGUUCAUUGGCUUCUUCCUCUACUUUCAUCUUAAUGCUUUGCGUCAUACUGGAUUGUCUCUCAGCUCGGAUCUUGUAUUCUUUCCCUACCAUAGAAAGCAAAAUGGCAGCAAAAGGAAUAACUUUUGGUUUUAAAGAUCUCUGGAUUGCAUUUAAUGGAACUACAAACAGCAGUACCUAGAGUCUGAUGGGAAAUAUACGAUGACCUGCCAAACUGGAAAUGCUGAAAAUCCUCCUCAGGCAAGGGACAUCAGCUAUUCACACCAUCAUGAAGACAAAGGUGUGCAAGGGAAAACUGAACCCCACUGUACUCACCCAGUCAUACUCGCCUAGUUGUGCUUGCGGGGGUUGAGCUUCGGCUCUCGAUUCCUAACUAUGAGGAAAGGUUUAAGCAUUCUUGAAUAAAAACAAUUGUAAUGAAACCUAAGUGCUUCCUAAAGGAAAGCGCAAAGCCUCUUACCUAAUAAGCAGUUAGGGAAAGUAUAAUUGAAAUAGGUGAUAUAACACACUGUGAAAUGUGAAUUUACCCAUCAUCAAGCCUGCAGAGGGAAACAAGUCACAUGCACUACUCAGCAGCAGGAUGACUGGAGAAGAAGUAACUCUUAAGAGGAAUGAACCUAAACACCUUAGAGCAGGAAAAACACAAGCCAAUAGCAGAUGUGAGGGGGGGGGGGGAACUCUGGUAUAAAGUAAAAUAAUAAACCAGGGCACAUGCAAUGAAGGAUGAUAUAAAUCACAAUUGUGGAGUUAUUGUUAAUCACAAUAAAUUGCAAAGAAUAAAUAAUGCAAUGGCUCCCACCAGAAUGAAAAUUCCAGGGAUAGCCAAGACCAUAGCUUAGUUGUGCACAUCCUAUUUCACACGUCAUUGGACCUGUUCUAAGCGAGACCAGGCGAGUGAAGAGGGGUGGACUGGCUGGAGCCUCGGAUGACUUGGGUUAUCACCUGGAGGCAGUUGGCUGCAUAAUGCUGGGGUCUUUACAUCCAGAACCUACCACAAGGCAGCACUCCUCAUGAGUGCUGCCUUGUGGUAAGGAAGAUCAUUUGCAUUACUCUCAUGCUGGUGUGAGCUGCUCUAAAAGGACAGUUUUUGGGGGCAAGAGUUAAAUGGGGGGGUCUUUGCACUAGUAUAGGAUGUUGAAAGGAGGAUCAGCACCCGAGAGGAUUUGUCCUUCCCUGUGCCAUCUUGUGCUCAACCUCCCUCACUGCCUUGGUAGAUGGUAUUUCAUGGUUCAGAACCAUCCUAUUUAUUCCUUUUAUGGCAUCUAAAAUCUAUUUACUUUCAGCCUCAAGUGGCAGGAAAAGACCCUCAAGUUAGAUCAGCCUGGUUGAUUGGUCUUCCCAAUCCCCUCUUCUGGCUCCACAGCUCCUGCUAUGUUAGUCCCUGACUUUACUCUGUCUUUAGCGCACCUUCCUUAUCAUCACUUCAUGAUGUCCCUACAAGACACACACUGGUAGGACCUGUUCCCUCUUUCUUCUGUUCUUUAACUGCAAGGAUGGUCUGCUUACAGAAUUCUCUUUCAGUACAUGUCCUCAAUGCAUCUCCUUAUAUUGUUCGUACUCGGCUCCCAUGGUGGGUCCUACUUUUUUAAAUUUUAUAAAAGGCCUAACCUGCAUGGUGAAGGCUUAUACCCCUCGUACUAUUAUGAAAUGUCUUUCUUGAACAUUUCUCCUGCUAUUCAUGUACUGCCUUGUUCAUUGAUAGGUUAGUCUGAGCCAGUAAUAUUUGUAAUUCCAUUGUAUUUACAGAUAUGCCCACCUUUUUCCAGAGGCGAGCACUUUCACAGUGGAGCUUUGAGUGCUAGCUGCUUUUUAUACACCAGCAUUCAUUUUUAUUGUGGUCAAUGCUUGCAGUGUCUUCAUGGAUCUACUGUUUAAACAUGUCCUUUGGUGGUUGAAAUCCAAUAUGAGCUACUUAUCUUUUAUGGAUUUACAAGUCAAAUUUUGCUGGGUUUCCAACCAUUUGAUGUUGCUUCUAAUAAAUGUGCAGAUGCUGCUGCCAAGAACAUAAUUUGUGCUAGUCUUGUCUUUCAAAAAAUUACUAUUCAGAUUUCUACCCAGUCAUUCAUAACAUGUACUGUUAUAUGUAGCCUAUCCCCAUGGCCUUCAUCCUGCCACCAUUAUAGGUGGGAAAGUUCUGGUUAGGCUGCAUAUUGGUUACAAAAGCUCGACUCAUAGGCACUUAAUGGAACACUGCCCUGUUUAUUAUCUGAAAUGCACUGUCAAACUUAGUCAUGUUUUCCCACUGUCUCUCCAAGUCACUUGUCACACUGAAUCGUUGGUGAAUCUGAUACUUUUGAUGUCCCUGAUAAAAGAAUCUGAUACUUUUUGAUGCUCUUGCCUUGGCAUCCUGGGUGAUAUUUGGGAUCUUUUGAAUAUCCAAUGACUCAGAUGGUGCUAAAUAGUCUUCCAGGCUUGGCACCACCGUUUGAUAAUUACAGUACUUCCUAGCAUUAACCAUAUGCACAUUCCACCCUCAUUUACUAUAUGCUUACACUUUCCCCAACCUCACUCGUCACAUGCUUACACUAUCCAAUCUAGACCCAACUACCAGCCAUGUGCCCAUUCCUAUCAACCAUAUACAGUAUCUAGUCAAUAUGUCUACCACCACAUGCCUGCACUUAAUAUUUUUUGCAUUGAAUUAUAUCUAACAAGGAAGGUAUCCACUUUUUCUAUGAUUGUGUGUUAUCAAAAAUGUCUCCUUUUUACAUAAAAAGAAAAUUUGGUCAUGGGAUUCAUAACUUUUUCAAUAGUGUUUUUGGAAUCUCUCUAGGAAUGCAUUCUUGUAGGAUAAAGUUAGUCAUUUAAACUAUAUAUUUACUGAAGACCAAUAUAUGCUGGUGUCUUUCCAGGGCAUCUAUUCCAUAUAUAUAAGGUGUAAUAGCUACUUGAGAUGCAUAACGGCUGUAAAUCUGAAGAAAGUCAAUAUACCACUAUGUACAACAUGA